GAGGCCGAGGCCGCGGGGAUGCAUGGCGGGCGCCGGGCAGCGGAGCUGGGGGCCCGGGGGGCCCGGCCCCGGCGAGCCCGAGGGGGUGCGCGGCUGGCGCUGCCCGGAGCAUCGCGACCGAGUGGUCGAGCUCUUCUGUCGCCGCUGCCGCCUCUGCGUGUGCGCGCUUUGCCCGGUGCUGGGCGCGCACCGCGGCCACCCGGUCGGCCUGGCGCUGGAGGAGGCUAUGCACGUGCAGAAACUCACCCAAGAAUGUUUAAAGCAGUUGGCAACCAAGAAGCAGCAGGAAGUUGGCAAUAUAACACAGAUAGAAGAUGCCGAAGAGAAGCUCAAGGCUCAUGCAGAGUCAAGUAAAACCUGGCUGACGGGGAAAUUCUCUGAACUCAGAUUGCUACUUGAUGAAGAGGAAGUGCUGGCCAAGAAAUUCAUUGAUAAAAGCACCCAGCUUGUCCUCCAGAUGUACAGGGAGCAAGUUGAGUCUUGCAGAGAGCAAAUUGACAUCAUAAAUGAUCUCUCCAAUAGGGUCUGGAGCAUCAGUCAGGAGCCCUGUCCUGUACAGCGGCUGCAGGCAUACACGGCCACCGAGCAGGAGAUGCAGCGGCAGAUGUGCCUCGGGGAGCUGUGCCACCCCGUGCCCGUCUCCUUCGAGCCCGUCAAGAGCUUCUUUAAGGGCCUCGUGGAAGCCAUGCAGAGUACGUUACAGACGCCAAUGGACGUUCGCAUUAAGGAAAACAUGAACUGCCAGCUCUCAGGCUCCUCCAGCACCAUGCCAGGAACGCUGCUGAAAAUCAGCCCCUCACCUGAGCGAUCGCUCUUCUUAAAAUACGCACGCACGCCCACGCUGGAGCCGGACACGAUGCACGCGCGCCUGCGCCUCUCCGCCGACCGCCUGACUGUGCGCUGCGGCCUGCUGGGCCGCCUGGGGCCGGCGCCCGCGCUGCAGUUCGACGCGCUCUGGCAGGUGCUGGGCCGCGACUGCUUCGCCGCCGGCCGCCACUACUGGGAGGUGGACGUGCAGGAGGCGGGCGCCGGCUGGUGGGUGGGCGCGGCCUACGCCUCCCUGCGGCGCCACGGGUCCUCGGCCGCCGCCCGCCUGGGCUGCAACCGCCAGUCCUGGUGCCUCAAGCGCUACGACCUCGAGUACUGGGCCUUCCACGACGGCCAGCGCAGCCGCCUGCACCCCCGCGACGACCCCGACCGGCUCGGCAUCUUCCUGGACUACGAGGCCGGCGUCCUCGCUUUCUACGAUGUGACGGGUGGCAUGAGCCACCUGCACACCUUCCGUGCCACCUUCCAGGAGCCGCUGUACCCGGCGCUGCGGCUCUGGGAAGGGGCCAUCAGCAUCCCUCGGCUGCCUUAGGGGCGAAGGCCGGAGUGACCUUCCCCGACCAUCCUGUCUCACCUGGUCUCACCUCGAGCAGAGUGGCUGGUCUGCUUCCUACUUUCUAAGCCCCUCUCUCUGCCCCAGCCCUUCCCCACAAAUUACGCUCAGUGCCGUGACCGGUCCCUCUCCCAGGCUAGUUUCAAACAUGUCCUAAACACACGCCUGCUGCUGUCUCUUAUCAGACCUCCCCACACACAGACACCACCACUGCCACUUACACUACACUACUUUUAGUCCAGGGUCCUGAAAGUGACAUACCCACAGGAGAGCCCUAAGCAUCCUGACCUUGUCUGAAUACGUUAUGCUCAGCCUGAGGACCUCCUCCCUCCUACAGCACGUGAACCCUGGCACAUAGUAGGCACACAGUAAAUAUCUGUCAAUGAAUGACAGUCGCCCGGCCUUGCUCUUGUAUCCCUUAAGGUCCCUUGGAUCUGCCUCCUCUCCAUCUUCUUCAGCUUGUCCACAUCCCCUCAAUCCAGAGCAGCUGCAAGAGCUUCUUAACACUCCCUGGCCUGAACAGUCUCCCAUCCUCAUCAUCCGUGCUAAAACCAGAGUGAUCUGUCUAAAACCUCACUUAACCUCUUAGAACUUUGAAGAGGCUCCCAAGGACUACAUGGAAAAACGAAAAACAAGCUCUUUCCAUUAGCAUUCAAGGCUUUUCUAGUCUGGCGGAGACCACUUACCUUCAUCUGGCUCUUGCUGCUCUUCAGAGACCCUCCAAUCAGAAGUGUGAGUCACAUGGUUCUCUCUCUGCAUGGUGGCCUUUGCUGCUGUCCUCUCCACGCCGCACAGGCCCACAUUUGUAGACGAAAACCUUCUGGUCUGCCCUAGUCUUCCUCAGGCCACAAGAAUCUCUUUCUUAGAAAUCUGGGACCUAUCUCUCCAACUAAAUUGGAAGCUUUUGGAAGGCAGAUAUGCCCACCUACACUCUUCCCUCCCAAGCAGUGAACUAAUAACCAGCAGGUGCCCAUCACUGAAUCACAGAACAGCUGAGCUGGGAGGGCCUCACGGAUCACCCCGCCUGGCCUCCUUGUACAACGGGGGAGACUAAGUUACCCAUGGUGAUUUAGGGCUGAGCCAGGCCUGCAGCCCAGACCCGUGCCCCCACCCACCAGCCCCCCCAGGCAAGUGUCUGACCUGUCUGCUGGCCCAGUUUUCAGGCCCAGCUUUCAAGCUGGGAGAUUUUACUUACUCAUUUCUCAGGGGAUGCUGGGAAGGAAUCAGCAGGGACUAUUGCUAAGCAACCACUGGCAGUUUUCCCCACUGUCUUGGGACAAAAAGGAGACGAGUUAAGUGGGGUUUGGGCAGCCUCAGCCAGACAUCCCCAUGCUCCUCAGAUCCCUCAGACCAAGAUGUUGCCAAGGAAACCCAGAGAGCCCAGCUUUCUGCAAGGAAGUGACAGAAACAGAGAACCAGCAGCUCCUCUAGCAGGGAGAGGUAGGCCCCCUUCCCAGGGCCUGUGCCUUAGUUCUGAAGGUUCACCAUCCUGAUUUGUCAAUUCCCUAGAUAGUUUUGAAGUCUUACUGUGUUACAGCAUUUUCUUAGGUGCUUGGUGGGAGGACAGUGGGAGGGUGAGGAAAACGCAAGGCUGAAUCCCCCUCACGGUUUAAACAGACUUUCAGUACGUUAAUUAGUUUGAACCAUAUAAAACUGUCCAUUUUCAAUAGUUUUUGCCUUAAAAAUGGUACUUUCAUAUGGGCCAAUGUAAUAUAAGAAUACAAGGCAGAAGGUACCUCAAAAGUACCUUUACUUCUAACCAAAUAACUUAAAACUCUAGCUGGGUAGGUGUCUAAGUACUAUGCUUCAGAUAUCCUGAGAAAAGGGGAAAUUAGUUCUCCUAAUUAAAAUUCUAAUUAAUUUAGAAAUGGCCCAAAGCUGAACUGUGAUGGGCAGAGGACAUUCCUGACAGAGGGAAGUUAGUACACUUGACCCCACAUCUCUGUCCAUCCCUGAGACCAAGGCCUGUUCCCAGACCCACAGCCGCAGGGCCCAAGUAAUAAGACAGUUCUCACUGUCUUGCAGCGCGCUGUGCUCAUGCUUUACAGCUAAACUCGCUUGACCCUCACGUCAUGCCUCGGGGGUAGAAAGUUAUCCCAGGUCUCCACGGGGCAAAAUGGAGACCCAGAAUGAGUCACUUGCCCCAGGUCACACAGCUAGUGGUGGAGCUGGGGUCUGGGCCCAGCCUGUGAGCUCCAGGUCUGUGCUCAUGUGCGUCGGGCCCUGCUACUCAGAGUGGAUGCAGCUGGUCUCUGGCCAGCACCUGCUCACUGUGGCUCCUCUCGUUGAGUUACGGCCUCAGCUGCUUUGCUUCUGCCUGGUCACUCUGUGGAACUUGACUGUACCUUUGGAUUACCUUCCUUGGGACCUGAGAUGAGGCCUUACACCCAGAGGGGGACUAGUUUUGAGAUUUGGGGAGUCACAUAGCAGAAACAGAACUGGACUAUGCAAGCUGAAAACUGGCUCUGUGCCAAAGCCUGUGCUAGCCAGAAAACUGCAGUCUCGGUCCAUAAUCAAUUGUGUGACCUCAGGCUAGUCACUUUUACUUGCCGGUAUCAUAUAUAAAAUGGGGGUAAGGACACUAACUAACAGUGCUGUGAGGCUCAAAUGGGCCAAAGGUUAUGAAAUUGCCUUAAAAACUGUAGUGUAGUGUUGUGCGAGGACCUGUUGGCACCCCCGGUGGCGUUCCCACUGUACUGUCAGAGUGCUGAGACAACUGAUACUCCCAGCUGCCACCUGGCAGUAGCAGGAGCCUCCCUGAAUAUUCUCAGCAUAGGAAUGAAGCUUCCUUGGGGUCCGUGUCUAUAGAGUACUGUCAAUUUACCUUAUUCUCUGUCAGAUUUUAAUUUGUAGAUGAAAAUUCUUUAUUGACAUGACAUAGCUUCCAGAUAUUUUUAAAUGACAGCAAUUUUCUAAUAUGUGGUUUAAUAAAGCAUGAAUAUUGUCUCUUUUAA